UCUUAUGAAACUAUGUUAAAGUUAAGUGUAAUACUGUCCUCUUUGUCAAGUGACUUUAUAAAGCACUUUACAUUCACUAACUUUUCUUUUUUUAUAUAUUGGAAUAAUUUCUUAACAGAUUCUAGUGACUGCUUUCCAUGUGAUUUGGAAUACUGGUCGAAUGAAAGGAAAGACGGAUGUGUAUUAAAAGUGGUUGAAUUCCUUUACUAUACAGAAAUCAUGGGGGUGGUAUUUUGUAUUUUCUCCUUCAUUGGAGUGUUAUUAACAGCAAUGGUAUCUUUUCUGUUUUACCUUCAUAAAGAAACAUCUAUUGUAAGAGCCAACAACUCAGAGCUGAGUUUCCUGUUGCUUUUCUCACUCUCACUGUGUUUUCUCUGUUCACUUACUUUUAUUGGUCGCCCCACUGAGUGGUCCUGUAUGUUGCGUCACACAGCAUUUGGGAUCACUUUUGUCCUCUGUAUCUCCUGUGUUCUGGGGAAAACAAUAGUUGUGUUAAUGGCAUUUAAGGCAACACUUCCAGGAAGUAAUGUCAUGAAAUGGUUUGGGCCUCUUCAACAGAGACUCAGUGUUGUGUCCUUAACGUUAAUACAGUUGAUCAUCUGUGUGCUUUGGUUAACAAUAUCCCCACCUUUCCCAUAUAUGAAUUUGAACUAUUACAGAGAAAAGAUCAUCCUUGAAUGUCACUUAGGUUCAGCUCUUGGUUUCUGGGCUGUUCUGGGUUAUACUGGCCUGCUAUCAAUUAUGUGUUUUCUUUUAGCUUUUCUUGCUCGGAAGCUCCCUGAUAACUUCAAUGAAGCCAAGUUCAUCACAUUCAGUAUGCUCAUAUUCUGUGCUGUCUGGCUCACAUUUAUCCCAGCUUAUGUCAGUUCUCCUGGAAAAUUUACUGUAGCUGUACAGAUAUUUGCUAUUUUAGCAUCGAGUUUUGGUUUAUUAUUUUGCAUAUUUGUUCCAAAAUGUUACAUAAUUUUGCUAAAACCAGAGAAAAACACAAAGAAACACAUAAUGAGAAAAUAG